GUGCAGAAUUGGGCUUUAAUGGCAACAGUUCAGUGCGGCCCAUUUAUGGCCGCAGUCAGCACCCGGAACUCCAACAGAGAGUCGAGUCACAGCGUACACUCUCCUCAGUAUCCGCUUUCUUCUCCGCUUGAAAGUUGAAGGAAACGCAUUUUUUACAGAACACAAUACCAAGGCGGCCUUCUUUAUUUUCAGUUCUUAAAAAACAUCCAGAGAAGCAAGCAAAGAUAAAUAUAGAGAGAUGCAGAGAGUAAACCAAUUGGUAAAAGUAAGACAUUUAGUCAAUUCAAGAAUUGGGUUCCUUUCCACACCAAGAGAAUUUUCUGCUCUACCAAACUACGCUCAAAAUGAUGAUCUUCAAGACCAGGUUUUGGUUGAAGGAAGAGCUAAAUCAAGAGCAGCCAUUCUUAAUAGGCCUUCUUCUCUCAACUCUCUCACUGAGCCUAUGCUAGCAAGGCUCAAGAGAUUGUAUGAAUCAUGGGAAGAAAAUCCAGAUAUUGGAUUUGUCUUAAUGAAGGGUAGCGGCAGGGCAUUCUGUUCUGGUGCUGACGUUGUAUCCCUCAGUGAGUUAGUUAAUGAAGGUAGAGUUGAUGAGUGCAAAAGCUUUUUUCAGAUAUUAUAUAAGUUUGCCUACCUACAAGGAACAUACUUGAAGCCACAUGUGGCUAUCUUGGACGGUAUCACAAUGGGAUGUGGAGCUGGAAUUUCACUCCCAGGAAUGUUUAGUAUUGUAACUGAUAAAACUGUUUUUGCGCAUCCUGAGGCUCAAAUGGGUUUCCAUCCCGAUGCAGGGGCUUCCUAUUAUCUUUCUCGCCUCCCUGGUUACUUGGGGGAAUACUUAGCUCUAACAGGAGAUAAGCUUAAUGGUGCAGAAAUGAUUGCUUGUGGGCUUGCUACCCAUUACACAUUAAACGCGAGACUGGCUUUGAUCGAGGAACGCCUUGGAAGAUUGGUCACAGAUGAUCGUACUGUCAUUGAGACUUCUCUUGCACAAUAUGGUGAUCUUGUCUAUCCAGAUAAGACAAGUGUCCUUCACAAGAUUGAGACCAUUGAUAAAUGUUUCAGCCAUGAUACAGUAGAGGAAAUAAUUGAUGCAUUGGAAAAUGAAGCAGCUAGCUCUUAUGAUGCAUGGUUGAAAGCAGCACUUACAAAAAUAAAAGAAGCCUCCCCGCUAAGCUUAAAAGUUGUCUUACAAUCUAUACGAGAAGGUAGAUUUCAAUCUCUGGAUAAGUGCCUAGCUCGUGAAUAUCGAAUUUCCCUCACUGGUGUCUCCAAAAGGGUCUCCAAUGACUUCUGUGAGGGAGUCCGAGCUCGAUUAGUGGAUAAGGAUUUUGCUCCAAAGUGGGAUCCUCCUAGUUUAAGAGAAGUAAGUGAAGACAUGGUGGACUGCCAUUUCUCUCCGCUAAGCGAGCUUGAAUCUGAGCUAGAGCUGCCCACAGCAAUACGAGAAUCUUAUAUGUGAGAAGGAUCAAUUAAGAGUCUAAAAUAGGGAGAGUGCUGCUAGCUCACAUUCUAUGGCUAGGUGGCAAUUGAGCCAUUCAAAUUUUCUGUAAUCACUUCCCAACGCAAUAUGCUGUAAUAGCUAAAAUGCUGUUUUUCUCAUUCAUUGGCAUAUUUUUGACACGAGGAUGUGCUUGUAUAAGAUUUUGCUAGACUUAGAUGUGGUAGCAGGCCAGCAGUAAAUGUAAAUGUUGGUUUUCCUGUCACCUAGAAACGAAGGGAAAAGCCCUUGUUGGAUGCAACUUUAGGUUAAUGCAUCACGCUCGAAUGACAUGGCAACUGAUGAAAUUUCAAUGUC